UUCUCAACAUCAAUUCAAAAUUCAUUGAAUUCUAUCCAAGAUAACUUCCAAGAAAUUUCAUAUCAAGGACUGCUUCAUCUAUAAAACACCAGAAUCUCUCCCUUUUGAUCCAUAUCAUUCACAACUUUGAUCCUUGUAAUUUCUUCAAUCUAAAAAAAAACAUUCAUCAUGGGAGUCACAGUCUUUACAAAUGAGUACUCUUCAUCGGUCUCGCCGAUACGCAUGUUCACGGCUCUGAUCAUAGACUCAAGAACUUUGAUUCCAAAGCUCUUGCCAAAGUUUGUGAAAGAUGUGAAUGUAAUUGAAGGAGAUGGAGGAGCUGGAAGCAUUGAACAAGUCAACUUCAAUGAAGCUAGCCCCUUCAAAUAUUUGAAACAAAAGAUUGAUAUACUUGAUAAGGAGAAUUUGGUUUGCAAAUACACUAUGAUUGAAGGGGAUCCAUUAGGGGACAAGCUUGAAUCUAUUUCUUAUGAGGUGAAGUUUGAGGCUAGAGAUGAUGGAGGUUGUGUAUGUAAAAUGGCAAGCAGUUACAAAACCAUUGGAGAUUUUGAUGUUGAUGAGGAAGAUGUAAAGGAAGGAAGAGAAAGCACCAUUGGAAUUUACAAAGUUGUGGAGGCUUAUUUGCUGGAAAAUCCACAAGUCUAUGCUUGAUUCUUUAUUUGUUACAUAGAUGAUAUUCAAAUUAUUACAAUCUUAUUCAAAUUUAUAUUUGUUUUUUAUUUUGUGCAACCAGUUAUAGGGACAUUUAGAAUGGUUGCUAAGAGUUGAAUUCCUUAAUACUACCUCCGUUCCU